CUGCGUGAGUGCGGAGCUUCCGUGUGGUGGUGUCCUCUGCGGCGGGAAACCCGAGAGCGGCUGUCUCUGGCUUUCGUCCUCUGAUCUGAGCGCCGAGGGAAAAGUGGCGAAAUGACCGACCGCUACACCAUCCACAGCCAGCUGGAGCACCUCCAGUCCAAGUACAUCGGCACGGGCCACGCCGACACCACCAAGUGGGAGUGGCUGGUGAACCAGCACCGCGACUCGUACUGCUCCUACAUGGGCCACUUCGACCUUCUCAACUACUUCGCCAUUGCCGAGAAUGAGAGCAAAGCGCGAGUCCGCUUCAACCUGAUGGAGAAGAUGCUGCAGCCUUGCGGGCCGCCGGCCGACAAGCCCGAGGAGAACUGAGCCCCGCGCGGGGACCUUCGCGGCCGCACCGCUCCCUGCCUUCUCCAGUUUGCUGUGGUUUCCUGCGUUUUCCCGCCUCCAGUGGACAGAUUCUUCCCGGCUCGUGCUUUCGGUGCCAGAGGGGUUUGUCCCGGGGUGRCCCUCCUGACCCGCCUAAACGUGGACCCUUCGGAACAUGGCAUUGAGACACCGUCAGGACCCUGAGAACUGUGCGAGCGGAGAGGUCCUAGAGCCGACAAGCAUUAGGGAGGACGACCCUGGAGUGAAACGGGACUUGGCUAGUUGUCUGUCAUCGGUGCUUUUUCCAUAAAGUUUAGAAAUUGCCCUGUC